CUCUCGCGGCAGGUCCGUGCGUCGCGCUCGCGGAGGAUCAGACGCUCCAUAUUUAGCUGAAGCGAGUAUCGCAGAGGCUCUGAGUGUCAGAGAAACCCUGCGAGAGAGAGCGAGAGAGUUCAACUCCCAACUUAUUUCGUGUCACCACCGGCGUAAAACGAAGGGAGUACGCGCCAUCGAAAGGCCUCGAGCGUCGAGGACGGAAUUCAUGGAGGAUCGGGGACUUUCGCGGAUUUUUCCCCUCACAGAUGGGAAUGUAGCUUAGCUGUUUAGCCUGGCCGCUAGCAGUAGCAGGCUAGCUGUGUCGAAGAGCGGAGGCGACAUAAGUUGACUUUUACUCGCUAUAACGUCAUAACACCUCAACAAACCGCCUCAGUCUUUCCAAAGACGCGUUUCUGAAGGCGUCGCCGUCACAGAAACAGCGAUUCGGGACUGUAUUCAGGGGAACUUCUCGUUUUAGCUGGCUGGCUAGCUUGCCGUCACGUCAAUCUGUCAACCGAACCUGAAAUCCAGACCGGAUAGUUCGAGCCACAUACGGAGGCACCGAACCUCCCCCUCUCCUCUGAUAUACGAGCUUCUGGGACACUGGAUUAGGAGCCUUUAAACUGUGAGGAAACGCUCGCAUUGGGUUAACGGAACCGUAGAGUUUCUAAAGUUCGUCUACUGCGAGCCGGGGACGGAACCGGACAGAGACCUCAUGAAUGGAAAUCGGAACUACAGGAGACGUUGGGGCCCAGGCCCUGUUCUCCGUGCCACGGAGGCCCGGCUAUGGCACCGUGGGGAAACCCAUCAAGCUGCUGGCCAACUGCUUCCAGGUGGAGAUCCCCAAGAUGGACGUCUACCUGUAUGAGGUGGACAUCAAGCCUGAGAAGUGUCCACGCCGCGUGAACAGGGAGGUUGUGGACUCCAUGGUGCAGCACUUUAAAGUCACCAUCUUUGGGGAUCGAAGGCCAGUUUAUGAUGGGAAGAAAAGCCUCUACACCGCCAACCCACUGCCUGUGGCGCCUGCGGGGGUGGAUCUGGACGUUACGCUGCCAGGGGAGGGGGGUAAAGACCGACCCUUUAAAGUCAGUAUUAAAUUUGUGUCCCUGGUGAGCUGGCACCUGUUGCACGAGGUACUAACCGGUCGCAGUACAUCAGAGCCGCUGGAGCUGGACAAGCCAAUCAGCACCAACCCAGUUCACGCUGUGGACGUGGUGCUACGCCAUCUACCCUCCAUGAAGUACACACCCGUGGGCCGCUCCUUCUUCUCUGCCCCGGAGGGCUACGACCAUCCUCUGGGUGGAGGCAGAGAGGUCUGGUUCGGCUUCCACCAGUCUGUUCGGCCGGCCAUGUGGAAGAUGAUGCUCAACAUUGACGUGUCAGCCACGGCUUUCUACAAAGCACAGCCAGUUAUUCAGUUCAUGUGUGAGGUACUGGACAUUCACAACAUCGACGAGCAGCCUCGGCCCCUCACAGACUCCCACCGAGUCAAAUUCACCAAAGAAAUCAAAGGUCUGAAGGUGGAGGUGACACACUGCGGAACCAUGCGGAGGAAGUACCGGGUCUGCAAUGUGACCCGCCGGCCCGCCAGCCACCAAACGUUCCCUUUGCAGUUGGAGAACGGCCAAACUGUAGAACGAACAGUAGCUCAGUAUUUCAGAGAGAAGUACAGCCUGCAGCUCAAAUACCCCCACCUGCCCUGCCUACAGGUGGGCCAGGAGCAGAAACACACUUACCUGCCCCUGGAGGUGCGCAGUGCUAACUAUGAAGCAGACCCGUUUGUGCAGGAGUUCCAGUUUAAGGUGCGAGACGAGAUGGCUCACGUGACGGGGCGUGUGUUGCCUGCGCCCAUGCUGCAGUACGGGGGCAGGGUGAGCACAGAGCACUUUAUGGUACCCUUCCUUUCAAUCACCCACAUCUCUCUGUUGUGUUUGUAUGUGCUGUUUCUCAGGCCGUCAGUGUUUCAGCAGCCAGUCAUCUUUCUGGGGGCGGAUGUGACGCAUCCACCUGCAGGAGACGGGAAGAAACCCUCCAUUGCAGCGGUGGUGGGCAGUAUGGACGCUCAUCCCAGCAGGUACUGCGCCACGGUGCGUGUCCAGAGACCCAGACAGGAAGUGAUUCAGGACUUGGCCUCUAUGGUGCGAGAGUUACUCAUUCAGUUCUACAAGUCCACUCGCUACAAACCCACCAGAAUCAUCUUCUACAGAGACGGCGUGUCUGAGGGCCAGUUUAGACAGGUGUUGUAUUAUGAGCUGCUGGCCAUUCGAGAGGCCUGUAUCAGUCUGGAGAAGGAGUACCAGCCUGGCAUCACGUACAUAGUGGUGCAGAAACGCCACCACACGCGCCUCUUCUGUGCCGAUCGCAACGAGAGGGUGGGUCGCAGCGGAAACAUUCCUGCUGGUACGACAGUCGACACGGAUAUCACACACCCCUACGAGUUUGACUUUUACCUCUGCAGUCAUGCUGGAAUACAGGGCACCAGCCGACCCUCCCACUACCAUGUCCUGUGGGACGACAACUGCUUCACUGCUGAUGAGUUCCAGCUGCUCACUUACCAGUUGUGCCACACGUAUGUGCGCUGCACCCGCUCCGUCUCCAUCCCCGCGCCAGCCUACUACGCCCAUCUGGUGGCCUUCCGUGCGCGAUACCACUUGGUGGACAAAGAACACGACAGUGCCGAGGGAAGCCACGUCUCCGGACAGAGUAACGGUCGGGAUCCCCAGGCGCUGGCCAAAGCUGUGCAGAUUCACCACGACACCAUGAGGACCAUGUACUUUGCCUAAGCCAGCUCACAUCCAUCCCACGUUCGACUAGUCACGCACACAAACCCAACAACCGCAUACACACGCCGUCACACCUCCCAAAAGCCUGUGCAUCCCUGUGGGUCGAUCUCUGUGGCGAUGGAAGCGCGGCCCGCCCCGACACUGUGCAGCAGGAUGAGGAAGGCCUGCUUUAAUUCCACACGUGGACCUCGGCACUAUUAUGCAAUAUUAAACCAGCCAACUGAGGCCGUUCUGUCAUAUCCCCUC